AUGGCAUUUGAAAUAAAUCCAUCUCCUAGGGCCACUCAUGGCAGCCGUCAGUGGCCAGGGCGUAAUGAAGCGCACGAGCAUUUCACAAAGCUCGUAGAAAAAGGUCAGAGCGUGAUGGACGGCCAGCUGACCAAUUGCCGUCCUCUAAAGAUUGGGAUUGUUGGAGCGGGAAUUGCAGGCCUCUAUAUCGCCUUGAUGCUUGAUGACCUUGGCAUUCCCGGGUUAAGCUAUGACAUCCUCGAAGGUUCCCAUCGAGUCGGGGACAAAUUGAAUGUUCCACUGGUUCCAUUUCGUUAUUCUGGAGCAAAUACCCCCGAAUUCUUCAACGGUGUACUGCAUAUUCGUGAUUCUCAAAGAUCAGCCGAAGUCGAUCCUUUCAACUUCAGUGUAUCACGUGGGGGUCAGGUUCCAGAUAGAUGUGUCUAUCAAGAAGCCGACGGACUUCUCUCGGAAGCAAUCCAUCCAUUUACUUCUGCGUUAGCAAAGGAAUUUAAUACUGGAUUUCAACUCUUGCUUCAAUAUGAUCACUACACAUUGCGGCAAUAUCUCUUCGAACGUAAUUUGGACGCUGCUACGGUUGCAUGGAUUGAAACGAUGUGCAGUGCCACCGGACUGGUUGACUACUCCUUGGUUGACUGUGUGAUGGACCAUUUUUUCUUCAAUUAUCCCGCACCGAACGUCAAAUGGUAUUCGGUACAAAACGGAAGCAUCGGACUGAUCGAGGCAAUUCUCAGUCGGGUGAGCCACCAGCCGGAGCGGAAUAAAAGGGUUGAAGCGAUACACUAUGAACGGUCGACCGACUCCGUGAAGGUCCAGGUGCAAGGAGAAACCUCCACCAGAGACUACACUGCGCUCUGCAACGGGAUUGAUCUCCGAGAGCUGGGUCUGCCUCCGACCCAGACGGAGGCAAUCCGCAGCUUGCACUACGAUCAUUCGGUGAAGAUUGCCAUCAAAUUCUCCUAUCCCUGGUGGGCCGUCCAUGGCCGAAUCGUCCACGGCGGGGCGGGCAAAACCGAUCUCCCGGUGCGUGUCUGCGUCUACCCCAAGGUCAAACCGGUCGAUUAUGCAAAGCCUGCAGUCUUGUUGUGUUCUUACACCUGGUCUCAGGAUGCAGUGCGCAUGGGGGCUCUGGUCGCGGAGACUUCCCCCGAGGGGGAAGAACAACUUGUGGAUCUGGUCCUUCGCAAUCUAGCGGAAAUGCAUGGGCAUUGCAUAACGCUGCCAGAGCUGCAAAGGGCUUAUAUGACACAUAAGAGCUAUGAUUGGGCUCGUGACCCCUUUGCGACAGGCGCAUUUGUCUUAAAUGGGCCAAGCCAAUUCAUGAACCUCUACCCGGCCCUCAUUCAGCCGGCGGCAAAUGGUCGCUUUUAUAUAGUUGGCGAGGGGGCCAGUCUCAGUCAUGGGUGGGUAUCUGGAUCUCUGGAUAGCGCUUAUCACGGGGUCUACAAACUGCUCAGGCGCUUUCAAUUGGAUGAUUACUGUGAUACUCUGAGGGCGAGAUGGGGGGAGGGGGGUCUAGAGUCUCUCAGUAGGAAGAAGAGUGAGGGUGAUUUGAUGGUUGCAAGAUUUCCCCAUUGA